UUAACGAGCGCGAGCUGCGGGUCUGGACAUUUUAAGGUGAACAGAACACGUUUAGUUUGGAGCGGAGUUGAGAACCGGACCGACACAUCUGUGAAGGAGACAGCGGCUACAUGAGCUCGGUCUCCGGCGGAAACGCCACCGACAGCUACGGUCAGGUCGGAUUAUUCGGAUUAAAACACCAAACCAGAGAGUUCGUCGGACUUGGCUGUGUUUCAGACUCCCGGUAAGCAGCACCGACGAUGCUCCGCUCCGUCUCUCUGUCCGUUAACACCGCAAAGUAACGCGGAAUAAGAAAGUAGCAGGACUUUUUAUUUCUUCUUUCUGGCUAUUUCUGCUCUUCUUAAUGUUCGCACGGUGGUUCCCAAACUGUCGCAACACGCUGCGGUAGGUGAACUACUGGAAACCUCGGUGAACCCGAGCUUUGUGGCUUGUUUCUGGGAGCCGUUUCCACCGUUUCCCGGCUCACAAUGUGUCUCCAGCUUCUUCUGUCGGCUGUGGAUUUUAAAUGAAACAGGAGAAGUCAGUGACAGCUGAACCAGAGCUGAACCAGAGCGGUGCGGAACCGUCGGAUGCCUUUUUUUUUACCCUCCUCUCCAUCCCCGUUUUCCACGAUUUUUGCGCAAGGGAAUUUUUCAUUUUUGAAUCCUUAAUUAAAGCAUGACUAAUCAUCACACAGAUAAACCCUUCCGCUCUUUCUCUCCCGCUUCUUACUUACACUAGUCGAGCCCUUUUUGGGGGGUGAGCAGGCAGGAUUUCUGUGUUUCAAGCCAGCGCGCGCGUCAUCUCUCAACUGAUGCCCAUUGAUUUAUGAUUUUUGGGGACAUUUAUCGGGCUUCGCGCAAGGAUUUGGAUCCGUUUCGGGAGCACCGGGUUUCUCUCUUUCCCCCCCAGUUGUCCAAUUUGGAGCCGGAUACUUGUAACUUUCUUCUUCCCAUGUGGAACAGAAAAACCUUUUGCUUGGAGAAGACGCGGUUCGGCCGUGCCUUCGGUUCGCUGCUGGCAAAGACAGUGUAAAGACUGUAGCUGGACAUUCACGUUUUUGAAGACCUCGACAGACAUCACGCACAAACACUCGUGCAGAUCCACAUAUAUGUAUAAAUCUAUUGCGCAUUAUCCAACUUAGGAGCAUCGGAAGAACUGCAACAGCAUCGUGUGGAGGCUAACACCUGCAGAGAGGGUUAUUUACCCCACCAUCGGCUACUGGAACAACUGGGAUUUAACAUCCGCCUGCUGGGAUUUCUACCAUGUCAGGUGUACGGGAUUGCAGAUGGACUCUCCUCAUCUGUGUGGCGGCGCUUUCAUAUGCUCUUGCAGGCAAAAUCUCUCCAACCAGCUCAGAUGCCCUCCUCAGCUCCUCGGCAAUGACAACCAGUCCUUCACCACCCAAUGUGUACCUUCCCGUCAACUUCAAAAUGUCCAAUGCACAACUGGCUUUCUUCUUGCGGGAGGCUCAGAUCACAGGACAAACAGUUGGCGGCAGCAGCAGGAGCAGCAGUGGCCCCAGCACUGGACACCCGCUGCAGCGCUCUGAGAGUUUUGUGGUUUUCCAGACAAAAGACCUCCCAGCCAUCAACAUAAGCUUCGGGCCUUUUGCCCGGGACCAAGCCCUGUCCAAGGAGUUGCUCCAGCCAGCCAGUCCGCUGGAUAUCCCGGGCCAGCUGACAGUCAACUGGAAGGUGCGGGCCUUCAUUGUCCAGGCGCGGGUAUUCUCCAACAACCCCACGGUCCAGGUGUUUUUCUACAUCGCCGGCCGUGACUGGGAUGACUUCAAGGCUCAGGACAAGCUGCCCUGCGUCCGUCUGCACGCCUUCCGGGAUGUCCGUGAAAUUAAAACCUCCUGUCGCAUGAAAGGCAACCUGGCACAGUGCUUGGCCCAGCUGGAGCUGCCUCCGUCCUGGUUUAACACCAAUGUAGCCCCACUGGGUCGGAGGAAAGGCUCCACUGACGGGCUGCUGGAUGGGCUGACCAGUGAGACCCUUCAGGCUGAGCUGUACUACACACUGCACGGGCCUAAUCUGGACGGGGAGUGCAGUGAGGGCUCAGGUCAUAGGGGUGGUGGUGCUUCCAGGGGAGAACCUCUGUCACAGCACCCCCUGCUGCGCAUCGGGAGCAUCAGCCUGUACCAGGCCAGUCAGGAGCAGCUGCUGGUGGACAAGCAGUUAGAUAAGAACAUGUUCCUCAGGCUGCCUGAGAAACCCCUGAAACCUGGAGAGACUCUCAAAAUCUUCCUCUACUUGAUGCCCAACUCCACUGUGGAGCAGUUCACCCUCAGGGUCAAAGCCAAGAAAGGGGUGAACCUGCUGGAGACCAAGUCGAAGAACGCCCAGUGGAAGGUGGACUGGGAGGUGCAGUCUGGCGCCAAGCACUCCAUCACCACCAUCGAUGUGAACAAGAACAAAGCAGUCAAACAGGGGGAUGUAUUGGGCAAUGUCGAGGUGAUGCAGUUGGAUUUUGAGAUGGAGAACUUCACCAGCCUCUCGGUGACCAGAAGGAUCAACUGGAACAUUGACUACAAGGGGCAGAAUCCGCCUCCCGAUUCAGAGAAGGUGGUGACGGAGUUGACAGUGGUGCAGCGGGAUAUUCAGGCCAUCAUCCCUCUAGCUAUGGACACUGAGAUUAUCAACACGGCUAUUCUGACCGGUCGCACUGUGGCCAUUCCCGUCAAAAUGGUGUCCAUAGAGAUGAACGGAGCAGUCACUGAUGUCUCAGCCUUUGUGCAGUGCAAGUCGUCCAAUGAAGACAUUGUCAAGGUGUCCAUGAAUUGCGACUACGUGUUUGUCAACGGGAAAGAGACGCGGGGAUCCAUGAACGCCAGGGUGAUCUUCAGCUACGAGCACCUGAGCGCACCGCUGGAGCUGACCGUCUGGGUGCCCAAACUUCCCCUGCAGGUGGAACUUUCUGACAACAAUCUCAGCUUCAUCAAAGGCUGGAGGGUUCCCAUUCUCCCAGACAGAAGGAGCACCAGGGACAGCGACGCAGACGAUGAGGACGAUGAGCGCCGUGUGAGCCGAGGCUGCACCCUGCAGUACCAGCGGGCCCUGGUUAAGGUGCUUACCCAAUUCCACACCACCUCCACCGAGGGCACCGACCAGGUCAUCACCAUGCUGGGGCCCGACUGGCAGGUGGAUGUCACAGACCUGGUCCAGGACUCGUUGAAGGUGGCCGACCCAAGGAUAGCCGAGUUGGUGGACAGGACGGUGUUGGUGGGCCUGGAGCUGGGAUCCACCGUGCUGAAGGUGGAGUCUCCGCUGGCGGUGGAUGCAGUAUUGGGGGAGUCUGCAUUUGCGGUCACAGACGACAAGGUUUCCAUCACAGAGCUGCGUGUUCACGCCAUCUCGGGCCUGACCCUAUCACUGCAGCCGAGCCCCGGCAACAGCCACACCAUGGUGGCCAAGGCAACCGGCAUCCAGACGCUCACUGCUCCCAAACAGGAGGCCAGUUUGUCUGUGUGGAUGCUUUUCAGUGACAACACAGCCGCCACUCUGACUUACUUUGAUCCCAAAGACUACAACCUCAACGCCUCCACACUGGAUGACAGAGUUGUGUUGAUAUCCCAGGAGCCUCAGCAACGCUGGCCUGUGGUGGUGGCAGAAGGGGAGGGAUCUGGUGAGAUGGUGCGUUUAGAGAUGACCAUCUGUGAGGCCUGCCAGAAAACCAAACGCAAAAGCGUCAUCGCAUCUGCUGCAGUUUAUGUCAAGGUCCGCUUUGGCCCAGAGGAAGAUUCUGAGGAAGAGGCAACAACCGAGGGUGAAAUAGAGCUGGUGCCCGUCACCAGGCGUCCAAUCAUUGAUCCGAACAUCAGUGGAAGAAUUUAUGAGACAUCUAAUGAGCAGCCUGCCAGUGUUCCCAUUGAUUACACCAAUUUCCCCACCAUUAGCAACCAGGAGCGACCAACUGAGAGUGACGAAGAGGAGGAAGAUGAAUUUGUGCACUCACCCCGUAACAUGACCGACCUUGAGAUUGGCAUGUACGCUCUUCUGGGUGUAUUCUGUCUGGCCAUUUUAGUCUUUCUCAUCAACUGCAUUGUCUUCGUGCUUAAAUACCGCCACAAGCGGAUCCCACCUGAGGGUCAGGCCAACAUGGACCAUUCCCACCACUGGGUGUUCCUGGGAAACGGCCAGCCACUGAGGGCCCAGUGUGAUCUGUCACCACAGCAGGUAGAAAGUCCCAGUAACCCUUUGGAGGGCGUACAGACUUGCUGCCACGGGGACCAUCACAGCAGUGGCAGUUCCCAGACUAGCGUUCAAAGCCAGGUACACGGGCGGGGCGACGGCAGCUCCGGGGGCUCCACGAAGGAGAACGGCGAGGAGGCCAGUUCACCCACCUCCAAGCGCAAGAGAGUCAAGUUUACCACCUUCACCACCCUUCCCACAGAAGAGCUGCCCUAUAACUCCAUCCCCAUAGCAGAUGAAGAGGACAUUCAGUGGGUGUGCCAGGAUAUGGGCUUUCAAGACCCAGAGGAACUGCACGAUUACAUGCGCAGAAUAAAAGAAAUAGCCUGAGAUAAGAGGUGCGGUGUGAAGCACAGCUCUCAGCUUUCUAAAGAAACGUUCCUUUCUAUUUUUCUCUUUUUCACCUAAGUGAAAGAUAAUUUUUCACAGACUAAAAGGCCAACUGUCGUUUUGGUUAGGGUGUGUUCCAUUUAGUUUGCACAGUGCUGUAAUCUCAUACACGCUCACACAGGAGAGAAUGCGAGGAAGCCAAAGACUUGACCAGAGGAUCUCAAUCACUAGAGAAAUCUGUAAAUCUUGGCUACAGGAAACAUGUUUCAUGGGGAAGCCGAGCCAUGGCCAAACGUGAGAGCUGCUCCAGCUCUCUUAUUUUCAGAUUCUAAAGAAUGCCUGACACGGACAGGAAUGUAGAAGAGGUUCAGUAUUGGCUGUGUUUUUGCUGGCUCAGUGGGACUCUGCAGUACUGUACCUACUCCAAACAAAGAUGCCUUUGAUGAACAAAAAACUGUCAAAGACUCUCAUGAAAGCUAUGUUAAAAAAGUCAUUUUGUUUUUGCCAAAGUAGGAAAAGCGUUCUUUUAAUGGCGAAACUUUCUUCAUUGUUGUUCUUGGUGCAGCACACUCAUGAUUUGUACUCAUGUUCAUUCCUUACAUUUUUCUACAUUUCAUAGGUAGUCGAAAGCAGUGCCCUACUACUAGUCCUCUUGGUCCUGAACAAAUCCAAUGCCUUAUAAAAAAAUGGUCACAGUUCACUUCUUAUAUCAGCGCGGACACCCUGUUUUCUCACUACGGCUAGAGACGGUGUAGUACGACGUAAAACGCUACGACUGAUCUCGAGCAUGAGGUAAAAUUAGAAAAGAGCUUGUGUAUUGUGAGGAUCUCUAACGUUCUUUGCAUGGAAGGGGAUCUCGAGGCACAAUCAGCAACUUUUUCCAAAUUUGUAAAUGUUUGUAUUGUAAUUAUAUAAUCAUUCCUACACAAAGUAAAUAUGUUAUCAUGCAUCACAUGCAUGCCAUGUCAGGCCUACAUACAUGCAGACAUUCCUCUCUAGAAUAUGUAUAUACCAUAUUGAUCCAGCGUCGCCACCCGCACGAACGUUCAACAAGUUACUUACUCAGAGGUAGAGGAGCAGGGGAGCCAGUUGAAGUCUUGAAAAUUUUAUAGUCUUGUGGUGAGUAGACGGUUCCCCUCGGUAAUGUCACGACAGAACUGUAGCUUUUUAACAAAGUGGUAUCACGUUGACUGUUGAACAUGGGGAUUUGCUAUGCAUCAGAAUUGUAACAGAUCUAAUCUUUUGAUAAUUUAUUUUGCCUCCUCAAGUUUGGUUGGCCUCUAGCCUUUGGGCAAAAUAAAAAAAAUGUGCUAGUUGGAAACAUUGUCACUGAACGCAAGAUCCUCAAAACUCUUUGGGAAAUGUCAUCCACCCAGAAAAGAAGAAUGAGUUACUGAUUUUUGCGCUAUCAUUUAAAUCAUGGCCAUCCCAUGUUGUCAUGCUGUUUUUAAAACACACUCUACAACGUCUGUAGUCCCUAUUUUGUUCGAUCUAUUCCAGUGAACUCGUUUGUAGAGGUCACACAUUUGCUUUGUCUGAACUGAAAGGACGAGGCAAGAGACUAGUAGCAAAGAAAUCAGUCGUGUUGCCACUGGCAGAUGAGCUGUGUGAAAGUGUCUCAGGAUGCUGACUGGCUUCACUGACAAAUCAGAGUGAUUGAGAACAGCACAGCCACUGGAUGUCUUUCGCAGGUUUUGUUGUGCAGCAAUGUGUUAAUUGCUGUUGAGCUUUUAAAGGUUUCCUGACAUGGGUUUUAAAUCACACUAAAGCAGAAAGGGGGGAAGAUCUGCCGUGUUUAGAAAGCGCAUAAAAUAUCUCAAGUGAGACUUCAACCAAAACAUUGCGAGGCAGCCAGACACAUCGUAACUGAGAGCAUGAUGACAGCAGAGCUAAUAGUAUUUUUAAUUGCCGUUGCCCUGUUAGCGUAGCGUAUGCUUUUAGUAGUAGAGUGGAUGAUUGGAGAUUACUUUUGAAGGCUGAUGUUAUUCAAGCUCUGAUCUCACAUAAAACAAGUUAUUUUCAGGACUAAUGAAGCAACCAUGUGAUAAAAAUUUGUUUCCGUGUCACUUUUCCUUUAAUUCUCUACUGCAUCUAAGGGCUUGGAUUUUUUUUCUUUUAUGUUAACUGACUGGUUUUGGUGAUCCUGUGAGAAAACUAAUGUUACUUGCUCCCUCUGUGGUGAUAAUGAGCGUGAGCUCUGUUCGUCACUUAAAACAUUUUAUUGCCAUCUUACCUGCUUUUUCAGUCCCCACAGCCUUUUUAAAGACCCAAUCCAGAAUUGUUCACAUUAAGGCAGCGUUGUUCCACAAAAAACAGCUGUAAACGGGACAAAAACAUUGAAUUAGAGACAGGUUUUAUAUUUACCUUAAAGAUAUGUUUCCUGAGCUCCUUAUUCAUCGACUGGCCAGAUGUGACAAGUGUUCAAUGUGAUCUGAAGAUGGAAAUGGUUACUGCAACGUUGUAAAUACUGGAGCAAAACAGGCUUUUAUUUUCUCUUGAAGUUGCCAUGAGAUUAUUUUCCAUCAGUAAACCAUACCUUUCAAUACUCUACAUGUAUAUAGACCCACAUUUGAUCCUGGAUUGGGACUUUAAGGAUUUGGUUUACUGCAUGCCCUCUCUAUGUUCCAUGUGGUUGAAAUGAAUAAUGACCUGAUUCUAGUGUUUAAUAAUAUUCAAUCUGUGUUAACAUCUAAAGAGAAGAUGAGACGUUCUUUUUUGACAGUCCAAGCCCGUCCUUCAGCCACAGCAUCAACAUGAUUUGCCAUGAAAUUAAGAGAUGCAGCAGCAGCCAGCGUGAAGUGUAUCAGUUUUAACCUUAAAUGAUGGAUUCUCAGGAUGAAUGUAGGAUUAUAAACUAAACCUGGCUGUUCAGUGUUAAUGUGGUCAGCCCAAUCUGGUGACACUAAUAUAACAGAUUAAGUAUCUAAUAGCAGCUGUACACACCAUUUCCGUAGGGUUUAAUUUUUUCUUUUUCAUUGAUUUACUCACAUUGUAUGUAAAUAUGUUGCCUAUUACAUGAUGCGUCUCAGAAACAUUUUAUUUUUCACCCCUUCCUCUGUAAAUUUUAACUCUUUUUUGUAAUGCUGCUUCGGUGACAGUGCACAUAUUGCUCAUUUUGUAUCUUCUUCAAGCUGCUAAUAGAAACUUAGUCUUUUUACAACAUAUAAUUGAAUAUCUUGAAUUGUACCCCCUCCCCCAGCCCAGCACCCCCCAUGGAAAACUGUGCACGAUGUGCACGGCUCAGUCGGCUGUGCCAAGUAACCACAACACUCACGAUACUAUCUUAAUGUACAGAGCACUGUUCAAUUUCCUGUAUUCUCUUGAAAAUAAACCCUUGUAUUUUCCCGUUAUA